AUGGCAGGCCGAGAGCUGCUGCAGGUCCUCUUGCCCGGCAACGCCGCCAUCUUGUCGGCCUCCGUCCCCUCGGCGGCUUCGACAUCGAUACAGGAUCUCAUCGUCGCCCUCCUCACAGAUCUCACCAACAACAAACAACUCAAAGCGGCAUUCGGGUCCCAUUUCCAGCCCUGGGCAUCAGCCACUUCGAACGACUUUGAGAGCUCCGAGAAAUGGCUCAUCGAUCCUCACGGACAGCUCUGGGCGCUCCAGGCGGUGCAGGCAACCGAGCCAAACUACGAAUGGAAAGAGGAGGAGCUCCGAGCCAUCAAUGACGGCAUUGUCCCAUUGCAAACGGGCGUCUUUGGCUUCCUUCGCAGCCUUGCCGAGGGUCCAAAGCCGUCAGACGAGGACGGCGCUCCCCUUCCUGUGGCCGACCUGUCUUCACCGACAGCCUUCUCCGACUUUCUGCUCUCGUCCCAUCUACACACGCCACGCCUACGACUAGUCUGCGGUGCUGCAGGUCUCAGAGUUCGCCUUCGCUUCGGCCACGUUCCGGAAAUCUACGAUGGCUGGGAUCAGAGAACCUUCUUCCUCCCUGCCGACGCGAAGAGUCCAGAAGCGGCCGGAGUCGGCUCCCUCGUGACGGAAGUCGUCGAAGCUGUCUGCGAAGAGUUCGGCAUUCGUAGGGUCGUGCUUCAGGGUAGCAAGUCGGCUCGUGUCGUAUACGCCCUCUGUCCACUGCCAGCGACACCAGCGUCAGCACCAGCACCUAUGCCACCACCUUCUCCGCUACCGGACAACGCCUCUUUACCGCAAUUGCUCAGCAGCAUGGAUACGUCGGAUCCCGGCCUCAUGUUCACCAUCAGCGCCAGUUGGCUCAACAAACUUGGCACGGUCGCCCAAGGCUUCUCGAAGCACGCUCGUCGUCAGGGCUCCAAUGGCGUCCCUUUGGCGCCAGCUCCCUCCGCAGCGCCUGGCCAGCCCGCUCGAUCGCCUUCUCCCACGAAACAGUCGGCCGUCAAGACAGGCGUGCUUGGCCUAUGGGGCUCGGCUAGUGUGAGCAAAGCCACUGCUGCUCUUCUUCCUGCCGCCUUCUCGCCCGCCGCCAAGAAUGCCUCGCGCUCGACGGGCGAUGCGGAUCUUGACGCUCUCUCCGUGGAGCUCACCUCCGCACGCUUGAAUGCCGAAGAAGAUGAGGAUGAUGCGGGUGGUACGCUCCGAGGAAGCAAACCAACGACGCCUGCUCGACACAACAAUUCGUUGCCAGCAGACGAGUCGCAAAGACAAGCACGAGGAUCUGCAGAGGUAGAAGGCUCUUCUGAAGCUCCAGAACAUGUUGGAAAAGGUCGACGCCAUCACGGUCCACUAGCGACGGCUCGACUGAGCAGGAUGUUCGAGGGCUGGAUGGGAGGCGGUGGCGAGCCAACCUCUCCCUCAUCGUCGAGCUUGCGUCACAAUGCCAUGGACGAACCCGAAACGCCCACAGCCUCGAACAUCGGUCGGGUUCACGGCACCGUUGGCAGGAGCGGCAAGACAUUCAGCGUUAGCGGGCCGCUCGAGCUCGACAGCGACACCAGCAACGUGUCACGCUCGUCUUCGAUUGUUUAUCUUCCCUCACCAGCCUCCGAAGACCUCCACAGCCCCGAGGAGCUGGCAGCCAGAUUCGACAAGCUAAUGAACGAUCUUGGCAUCAAAGGGACAAGCCGUACAGCCAUGCUAGCCCUUCCCGACGAUCGCAAGCGCUUCCUCAUCAGCCAAAAUGAAGCAGCCAGGACGUCGACGCCUUCCAAAUCGCGCAACGCCAUGUCUCCGCAACUGAGCGACAAACCGGCGUCGCCUACCCUCAGCAAUAGCUCGGACACAGUAGGGCGAAGCGUUGGUCUUCCUUCUGGGUGGUCCAACCGCUUCAGCAUUUCCAGCAUCACCAACUGGGCCACAGGGGACGCCAAUAGCUCUGGCGCAGGCUCCGCAAAGGAAGACGAGGGCGAUGCCAGUCCCCGCGUGAGCCUUUCUGGCGAUGCUUCCAGUCAGGGUAGCACUAGCACUCGCCCGACGACGAUGAUCUCCGAGACCGGCUCGUUCGGAUCCGUCGACUCGAGGCCACACAGCAACGGCGAUCACACCAACACGCUUCGAGCACACCACACCGGCAGCAGCGCCGGCGUCACCGCAAGUCUGUUCAGCAACUGGUGGGGAGGUGGAAGCACGAUCGCAGGCGUCAACGCAAGUCAGGAUCCAGGAGGCGGCGACGAGUGCAACGCGGCGAUGGGUCACGUCACCAGAUUGAAGGAUGGCAAGCUGAGCCGAAAGGACCUCUUCAAACACCUGCUCUCGCUGCGUGUCACGCUCAGCAGCGCCAAACUCUCUUGGAUCGACAGCUUCCUCCACUGCGACGGACUUGGGGCUCUGGAACGCAUCAUGCAGCACGAGACAGAGGGCAUUGUCAGCAGCCUCAUUGUCCAUCGCACCAAGCAAGUCGAGCGCAAGGACAUGUCGGAUGCCAUCCUGCUCGAGGCGGUCAAGUGUCUCCGAACGCUCAUGAACAUCGAGCUCGGCUUCGAAAAGGUGUUGGAGCAGUCCAAUCUGGUCAACUACAUUGCCUUUGCCCUCCGCUCUCCCUCGUACAAGCUGCGUCUUCAGGUCGCCGAUGUGCUCGCCGCCUUGUGCGUGCUUUCGCUCGACGACGGCCAUCGCAUGGUCUGCGGCGCUCUCUCGGAGCUCAAGAUUGCCACGGGCGAGCGCUUUCGGUUUGCGUUCUUGGUCGACGAUCUCAAGCCGGACUCGUCGGAGGAUGCACUCAACGAUGCAUGGAACGCAGGUCUCAAAGACGCAAAUGCGGAUGAAGCCAUCGAGUGGGAAUACAGAGCUGCCGCCAUGGUCCUUGUGAACGCCAUCACCAACAGCCCAGAGGACCUCGAGGAAAGGGUCUCGCUGCGUGACGAGUUCGCCCGUCGAGGCCUCAACGAAGUGCUCGUAUCGCUCCGCUACGUCGAUCCACCAGAGAGCUUGGCGACGCAGAUUCAAGUGUACGUCGAAGAAAAGCAAGAGGAUCAAGACGAGCUGCACGACCGCGCUCUGCACCUGUCCGAUCGCGACCGCGAGCGUGAUACCGAUGUCAUGUCCGACCUCGGCGAGGCCGGCGAAAUCCUUCGCAGGUCUCAGGACGCGCACGAGGACCUCUAUCCUAUCAUGAUCUCCAUCUUGCGUCACACCUCGAGCAUCCUCGAUCGCGACAUUGACCAUCAGUUCAAGACGGAUCUUCUGUUCGUGGUGGACAAGUAUGUCGAACAAUCAGCUGACGUCGCCGACUUUGACGAAGGCUGGAGGAGUUUCAUGCGCUCUUACCUUGCCAACAUCCAGCACCUGGUCGGGAAACAGGCCAUGAUCAAGGCCAACGCCAACAGAAUCAGCGACACGAGCACCGUUCCGAGCAGCUUCAUCGAGGAGCUCGAGGGUCUGCGUGCCAAGGUCGAGGAGCUCAGCGACGAUAAAGCCAAGCUGAGCACCAGGCUCAACGAGCAGACUGCCGAGGUCAUCACGCUCCGAAGCUUACCGGGGGCUGCCGCACUGCGCAAGGAUUCGGCCGAAGAUGACGCAGCCUCCUCGGGUUUGCCAUCGUCGCAGCCCAAGCGCGGCGAUAAAGAGAGCUUCGCCGGUGUCAUUCAUCGGUUAGUUGCGAAGGAGAAGCAGGUCAUCGAGCUGCAAGCCGAGCUCGACCGUCUUUCCUCCGCUGCACGACCCGAGGAGCGCACCGAUGGAGAUGAUCGAGCCAAGAAGGAGCGUCUGGAACGGAACCGUCAAUGGACCAACCUGAUGGACGAGAUUGCGCGUCACAAGGAGCAACUCGCCGGUGCAGAAGCCAACGCCGAAGCGAAGGAGCGCGAGAUCAAGUAUCUCAAGCGUGCUCUCGAGACAGUCUACGGACGUUUCCAGAGCGGCAUGGCGCAAGCUCAAGAAGAAGCAGAGGCGAAGGACCACGGAGAAGAAGCGUCCAAGAGCGCCACAUCGGCCGGCAACUCGGAGAUGGAAGCCGACAUGAUGGCACGUCGCACGAUCGAGGCGCUGAGCAAGAAGGAUGUCGAGAUCUCGGAGCUCCGUGCGGACGUGGCCAAGCUUCAGGAGAAGGCGCUUCAGUCGAUGGAAGCCGCCAAGUCGACGAAAGAGAUGGAGGCACUGCAGAUCCAGCUCGGUGAGAAGGACAACCACAUCACCAAGCUCGGAGACGAAAUGGCCAAGUUGCAAGCAUUGCUGCUUCAGCUUCAGAUCCAACCUGCUGGCUCUGGAACGAGCUCUGCCGGUGCUGCACCGAAUCAUCGUCAAGCAUCAAGGCCGCCCGGCGCACCUGCGCCUCCCCAUACAGGAUCUGCUGCCCUCGGGACCACGCCGUCGCCGCGUUUGCAGAUGGUCGCCGAAAGCCAGAGCGUGUCUGCCGGCGAUGCUCCUCCUCCUCCUCCUCCACCUCCGCCGCCGCCUGCGCCGCCGGCUGCUGCCGGGCUCGCUGCAGGUGCCUCAGGAAGCGUCAGUCUGGACGGACCUCCUCCACCGCCUCCUCCUCCGCCGCCGCCUCCGGGACCUGGCAUGCCUUCCACCACAGCGGCGACAAGUUCAGGAGCUCCUCCUCCUCCACCGCCGCCAUCGCCACCGCCGCCCGUGCAGGCAGGUGCGACUGCGGGCGCGUUCGUAGCUGGGCCGCCGCCACCACCACCGCCGCCUCCCCCUGGUGUUGCAGCUGGUAUGCCGCCACCGCCUCCUCCCCCGCCUUCCAACGCCCGUCCGAUUCCGCCACCUCCGCCUAGCGCACUCAACACACCCAAACCUCCUACUUUGCCUCCUCUCCCGAAGAAGAAGCGCAAAGCCCUGUUCUGGAACAAAUUACCAGCUCAUUCGCUAUCGAGCACCGUCUGGAGCGAUCUUCCUAAAACAUCUGUCGACGUGACAGGCGAGAUCGAUCGUCUGGACGAGCUCUUUGCCAUCGGAAGCAAGCCAGUCGCUGCGGUGCCCGAUGCCAAACAAGCGGGCCAAAAGGCAAAGCCGACCACAUUGCUCAAUCUCACGCGGGCGCAAAACGUCUCGAUCGUCCUGACCAGGAUCAGGAUGCCAUUCGCCGAGAUGCGAGCCGCGAUCUUGCAAUGCGACGAGUCCAAGCUCAGCAUCGACCACCUCAAGAGCAUCAACAAGUGCCUUCCUACGACGGAUGAGCUCGGGCUUGUGCGCGACUACGAUGGCGACAUCGGCACGCUCAGCAAGGCGGAUCAGUUCUUCAAGGAGAUGCUCGGCAUUCCACGACUAUCGGAGCGCCUAGCUUGCAUGGUAUACAUGCGGACGUUCGAGUUGGAUCUGGAGGAGAUCAAGCCGGACCUGCGCAUCCUCAAGCACGCUGUUGACGAGAUCAACGGAAGCGCCAAGUUCAAAUCGGUGCUUCACACGGUGCUGACGAUCGGCAACGUGCUCAACUCUUCGACGUUCCGAGGCGAGGCGGCGGGUUUCCAACUGAGCGAUCUGCUCAAGUUGAGGGACACGAAGCCAUCUCAGCCGACACCGGCGACGCCCACCCUGCUGCACUACCUGGUCCGCGUGCUCAACAAGACCGACAAGACGCUGGUCGGCUUCUUGGACGACUGCUCGCACGUCGAAGCUGCCGCACGACUCUCGACCACGUCGGUCAUGGCUUCCAUCGCGGCCCUCAUUACUGGCCACGUGACGAUCAAACGAGAGAUGACAGUACUACAGAACGUCGGCAUCUCUUCGCAGAGCGACCGCUUCGUCGACGUCACAGACGAGUUCCUUCGCCAGACGAGCCCGCAACUCAAAGCGCUCCAGCUGGUAGAAAGGACAGUCUCGGCCAAUCUCAGCAAGCUGCUGACCUACUUUGGCGAGGAUCCGAGCCAGACCAAGCCCGAAGACUUUUUCGGGCUGGUGAGCAGCUUUGGACAGGCGCUGAUGCGGGCAGAGGAAGACACGCUGCAGGCGGAUCGAAAGGCGGAGUUGGAGGCGCAGAAGAAGCAGAAGGGCUUGAUGGGCAAGGGCAGAUUUGGGACGCGUGUUGCGCAGUUUGGUCCCGAAGUGCGAGGGCCGCUGGCUGGUGUCGCCGCCGCCGCCGGCGGGGCGGGUACACAGUCGACUUCGGCUGCAGAGACGCUCGAUUCGCCCAUCAGCGACGUCACGCCUACCGCAUCGCGCUUCCAGUCUUCAGACAGUGGCAGUGGCGGAACGCUUCGGGCGGAUCAAUCACCCGCGAUCUCCGUCCCGGCCGACGCAGCCCGCCGCUCCUACCGCGGCAGAGGUCAGCUGGACGAAGCGAUCAAAGAGCUGCGCGCCGGCGCGGCGGGUCGCAAGCUCGCCAACGUCUUUGCCAACCGCGACGCCUCUCCCUCACCCACCAAGCCGUCCUCCCGCAUCUUUGCCCGCCCUCCCCCGCUCGAGAUUGACACAACCGCCGAGGAGGAGGGGGACCAGAUGCAGACGCUCGAAGCUGGCACCAUUGGCAGAAGUCGAUUCUCACCUGCGACGCUGAGGAACGGUACGGGCAGGGAUAGUAUCUAUGGUACGCUGUCAGGUAAUCCUAACGGCACGCUGAGCGGGAGGAAGAGUUUGAGGGUCAAGCAGGGUGGGGCGAGACGGCCGUUGAGUCGGGUGUUUUUGACGGGAGAUCGGGUGGAGCGGGACGAUUGA